AUUCAAAUUUGCAGAUACAUAUAUAGAAGAAAACGAGGCGCAUAAUUUAUUAAAUAAAUACUGAAAGAAAAUCGAAAAUCGCAGCCAAAAGCACUCAAAUGGCUAACGAUUCGUCCGAUAGUGAUUACAACGUUGAAGAGUUUGUAAAGCCGAAACGUGUGCGGCGCACAGUGAAUGACGAUACGGCUGAUUUGCUGGGCAACUUUGACGAUGUCAAGCGGCAGGAGAUACUGGAUGGCACCUAUGUAGAAAAAGCUGCCGCAGCCGAUUCCAGCGAUAGUGAAGAAGACGAUAGCGAUGCAGAAAAUACAGAUGGGGAAGCAGCUACAGAAAAUGGUGAAGCGAAAGAUACCAGUGCACCGGAAGCAAAUGGCGUUGUCAGUAGCGACGACGAGAACACCGAUGAAGUGAAAACCAAUUUGACAAAAGAACAGUUGGGUGCGCUGAUGCGUGGAGCAGCGAAAGCCAAUCGACAUGUGCUCUAUGUGACUAAUUUAAAUUUCGAAACGACAAAAUCCGAUUUGGAAUCGCACUUUGGCAGCGCCGGCACGGUGAAAAGUGUGCGUAUACCAAAGAAACGACGCGGUGGUUUUGCUUUUGUGGAAAUGGCUGACCUGGAGGGCUAUCAACGUGGUUUUCAACUACACAAUUCUAUGCUGCAAGGACGCACGAUUAAAGUGCAAUUCUCAGAGGCGGGCAAAAAGAAGUCUGCAAAUAAGAAAAAUAUAUUGAAACAGAAAAAUAGAAAAUUAGCUGAAAUGCGUAACGAGCAGAAGACAUUUACGAAGAGCGGUAAAUUCUACGAUAAGAAUCUGAAAAAGGAGAAAGCAAAAGAUUUGCUUGCACGUAAACGUUGGCGGAAGCCAGUGGGUGCUAGAGGACCGAAACCUUAAUUUUAUCGUUUGCAAUUGUAGUUAGAAUUAUUAAUAAAACUUCUAUUUUACUGAAACAACA